GAUAUAUUCGAUGCAUACAUCCCAUGUGCUUGCAUGGUUAUGCACAAAGUUGAUGUAGAAAAAUUUAACUGUUUCUUAUUGAUAUUAAUAUUAUAAAAGUAGUUAAAAGAAUUUAUUUUCAAUAAUAAUGGGUAAAAUAGUACGAUUAGGUAGUCGAAAAAAAGCAAAACGUUGGCCAAAGGGUCAAAGUUCCAAUUCUAAUCCGGAAACAACAAAACAUCGUGAAAAAGCUACAUGGAUGUUUUUUAAAGAUUUUGGUGGAACACCUGGUAUAACAACAGCAGACUUGCAGAAACAUGAUGCUAUGCAAAGUAUUGUACCUCGAUUAAAAAAUGUAGAUAUUGAUGGUGAUGAUGAUGAUAAAUCAGAAAGUUUUAUAGAUGGAACAAUUGAUACUGUAAAAUCAUUUGCCAGUACUUACAGUAAUUGUACGCAUAUAUCUUUCAAAGGAUUUUUAGAACGCUUUCAACCUAAAUCGUUAAUCCAAAAGGAAAUGUUAGCUGUUAUAUCAGCAAUUACAGAAGUUAUUAAGCAAAAUGGUGGAACUGGAACUACGACUGAAUACUUUGGGGCAUUGAUGAGUACCCUGGAAGCAGUUGAUACCGAUAUAUCUGUUGCUGCUACUCUAUCAUUAUUAGAAAUGGAAUUUAGAAGUAUACCUAUUAAUGUUCUCAAUGCACAAUUUAGUGCAGUUAGUCAAAUAUUUCUUCAAAUAUUAACAAAGUAUAUAGAAGAGGAACAUUUUCUUAUAAUAAGACACUGUCUCAGUUGUAUUUCACUAUUGUUACGAUUUCAAGAAGCUGCAGUUUGGUCAAAUUCUUCAACGAUACAGAUUUUAGAUGCUGUUCUGACAUUUACGGUUCAUAGUAAACCUAAAAUAAGGAAAGCAGCUCAAUAUGGAAUAUGUGCUCUACUUAAAGCAAGUGACAUAAUGACUCGCGAAGAUUCUCCUGGAUAUCAUCCAGCUGCACCACAUAUUGCUAAACAUUGUAUAAAUCAAUUGAAUGCAGCUUGUGAACCUGGUGGAAUAACCAGUGUUCUUCACAUUCUCGUAUUACUUAAAGAUAUUAUACAUGUAUUACCAAAGUCAUAUGUAAAGACUAUUUGUGAAGAACUUUUACGUAUUAUGGGAUUAAACAAUGCUUUGACAACGUCAUGCUGUUUACAAGCUUUGCAUGGAUUGUUCGUGUCUAGACCAUCGGAAACAAUAUUACCAUCGCAAAGAAAUGCACAAAUUAUAACUGCGCUUUAUGAUUAUCAACCUCCUGCAACUGAUGCACAACCAACUCUUGCUUGGUUAACUGUUAUGAAAGAAGCAUAUUGCAAUCUUAUUGAAAAAUCUCCGGAUAUGUGCGCUGCUAUUAUUCCUCGAAUAUUCGGAAAAUGUAUUGAAUUGUGGCUCUCUGAUAAACAAGAAGUCAUAUCGGGUACUUUUCAUACUAUUAAAGUACUUAUACAGGAUUGUAUUACUCCAUUAUGUAAAGAUGAAGAAAAUGCUAAAAAAUACAAAACAAUAUUGGAUCAAAUAAUAUGUAUGAUGCAUGGAUCAGUAAAGAAUCAGUAUCUUGAUACGAGUAUACCAUUUGAUAGUAUUCUUCAUUCAAUUGAAUUGCUAUUUCAGAUAACUGGAAAAACAAAAAAUCUACAUCUUUUAGAUAUAUUAAAAACAUUAGGAAAGUUAUGCGAUUCAUACAAUUUUACGCAUUCCUCAGCAGCUGAAAAUGCAAUUGGAGCAGCUAUAAAAACACUAGGUCCUCGUGUAGUUUUAGAGAUUCUUCCUCUCCAAACAACAGAAGGUGCUUUAAACUUAGAAAGAAGUUGGCUAUUACCAUUAUUGAAAGACUCCAUAACUUGUGGAUCACUUUCCUUCUUUACGGAAGUAUUAUUACCAUUAGCAGUGAUCUGCAAUGCCAAAUCGAAAGAACCGGUAGGUGGUAAAACUUACGAAUUGCUUGUAACGCAAAUAUGGGCAAUAUUGCCAAGUUUGUGCAAUGAUGCUGAUGACGUUAAAGAAAAUUUCAAGAAUAUUGCUAAAUUGUUGGGAUCAAUUAUUAAUGGAAUUAAAGAUAUAAGAUUAUCAGCAAUGUCUGCUUUAAGAAAGUUGAUCGUAAGGGCAACGGAAAAUAAUAAUACCGAAGAUAUAUCUGAGCUUUCUCGUUUUGCUAAAAAUUAUCUACCAGUUUUGUUUGCUUUGUACACGACUAAACCAAAGGGAACAGAUGAAGAGGGACAUCGUUUAGCUGCAUUUGAGACAAUUAAAAUAUAUUUGAAAAUAACGCAACAAGAGUUGAUAUGUGAAUUGUUUGAUAAAGCAUUAACUAAAUUGAAAGACACUGAAGUAGAUGAUUUUACAAAAGAAAGUAUAUAUGAUUUGAUAAGAUUAUUAAUUGAAUUUACUGAUGUUGCUAGAAUUAAGCAAUUCUAUGACAUGUGUGUACCAUAUAUCCAAUCUAAAACUAAAGGGAAGGAACAGAAAAAAGCAUACAAAUUUUUGGAGGGAUUAUGUGGCAGUGAAAAAGAAAUAUGUAAAGAUUUCUUACAAGAACAUAGACGCGAAAUUCAAAAUCUAAUGACUAGUUCUGCAACUAAAUUAAUUCAAACGAGUAAAGGAGCUCGUAUAAGAUGUUUGGUACAUCUUAUAAAAGUUCAUCCAAAACUUGAGAAAUCGAAAUUUUUGCAAGCUAUCAUUCCAGAAGCAAUAUUAUGCGUGAAGGAUAUUAAUCAGAGAUGUCGUACUUCAGCAUAUCAAUUGAUACAUGCUAUUGCAGAUGUAUUUUUAAAAAAAAGUUCAUAUCUUGAAGAAUAUAUACAAAUGUUAGUAGUAGGUUUAGCUGGCGAACCAAAAUACUGCAGUUGUACUUUACUUGCAUUAGCUUCUAUCGUGUAUCAUUAUAGCGAUUCCAUUCAUCAAGAAACUUCAGAAGAAAUAAUAGGACACGCAUGUUCGCUUGCAAUUAGUCCUACAAGAGAAAUAGCAGAAUCAGCAUUAUCAUAUAUUAAAGUAUUUAUUAGUAUAACGCCAACUAAUUUAAUUGCACAACAAUUACAAAAAAUAAUGGCAGCUUUGACCGAUAUGAAUGAUAAUUGUAAAAGAUACUUUAGACAAAAAGUUCGAGAUAUCUUUACCAAAUUGAUAAGGAAAUUUAGCAUUAAAGUAAUUUCCCAAAUGGUCCCAGUGUCAGAUGUUAUUCUUCAUAAGAGAUUAAAAAAUAUUAAUAAAGUAGAACAACUUAAGAAGAAGAGUAAGGAAUUGAAAAAAAUGAAACAAAGUGAUAAAGACGAAGACAAUGAAUUUAGUGCUAAAAGAAGACCAAAAAGCAUGGAAGAUCUCUUGGCGGAGAGUGAAGAAGAAUAUGGUGAUAGCGAGGAUGAAGAACCAAAGAAAAACAAUAAAAAGAGAACAUCAAGAAAAGAAGCUUGGAUUAAAGAGAACGAAGAAAAUAUUGUUGAUUUGAUUGAUCCUACAACUGCCAGGAAUAUAACUACAACACAACCUGGGAAUGUUAGCAUGAACGUGCCUAUAAAAAAACCGAAAGAACCAAAAGAUUAUGGAUUUAAAACUGCUCCAGAUGGACGAAUUAUUAUUAAGGAUGAUAAUCAAAAGGAUGAUGAGGAUAAUGAUGCAGAAAAUAGAAAAAGAAAAAAUAUGUUAUCUGAAAAUGAUUCCGAUGAUAAUUAUGAAGAAGACGAGGAGGACAAAAAAUCAUUAGCAUCUGUGGAUCCUGCAAGUCGAAAACGAAAACGUAGUACGAAUUCUGAUACUACAAGUAUAAAGAGUUUUGCUUCAUCGAAAUAUCGAGCUGGAGGUUCAGGUAUUCAUCGACCGCUAAAAGUAAGGAAGGCAGAACAGACAGCUGGUUCUGAGUACCGUGCACUUAAAGCAGGAGGUGACAUUAAAAAGAAGGGCAAACCGGAUCCUUAUGCUUAUGUACCAUUAACAAGAGCUGCUCUAAAUAAACGGAAAAAGAAAAAGAUGGCAACAAGGCUUCAAGGUAUUGUCGCUGGUGCUAAGAAAGGAGCACAAUUUAGUACGAAAAACAAAAGAAAUAGGAAAUAAUUAAUCAAAGAAAUAUCCUUGAUUAUUAAUUAUGUUCAAUAAUUUAAUUUUGUUAAGAAAUCAAUUAAAUAAAUAUAUACGUAUGUAUGUAUGUAUAUAUAUAUAUUGAGUUGGCAAUUAAGUGACUGCAGUUAUUUUAAUUGAAAAAAUCCGCAACCAUUUAGUUUCCAAGAUAAUGCAAGGAUCGGUAACAAACAAAUCUACCUUACCGACGGGGUCGGUAACAGCACUCUCUUAGUUGCCAACCCAAUAUAUUACGCGCGAAAGUGGUACAAUUUUAUUUAAAAAAUUUAAUAAUAAAACAAUUAUAUUUUAAAAAGCUGUAAC